GGGCGGGAAAGGGAGGCGGGCGGAGAAGAUGGCGCCGCCGCCGGCCGCGGCGCUGAGCUGAGCUGAGGAGCGGCGCGUGCCGAGCGGGACCGGGCCAGGCCGGGCCGUGCGGUGGGAAGAGGCCGGGAGCGGGCGGCGGGGCCGGGAUAUGCGGCAGCGGCUGCUCACUGAGCUGAGGCGGGCUCUACUGGGCUGCGCGCGUCCCUGGGCCGCCCCGACCUCACAGUUCGCCCCUCAGCGCGGUUUUCUCGGUCUUCAGAAGGAGACAAAUAACAAAAUGAACAAUCCUGCUAUUAAGAGAAUAACAAAUGAAAUUAUCAAAUCACCCGAGGAUAAACGAGAAUAUCGUGGACUGGAAUUGGCAAAUGGCAUUAAAGCACUUCUCAUUAGUGACCCCACCACGGAUAAGUCUUCAGCAGCCCUUGAUGUGCACAUAGGGUCUUUGUCUGAUCCGCCCAACAUUGCUGGACUUAGUCAUUUUUGUGAACAUAUGCUGUUUCUGGGAACCAAGAAAUACCCAAAAGAGAACGAAUAUAGUCAGUUUCUCAGUGAGCAUGCAGGGAGUUCCAAUGCUUUCACCAGUGGAGAGCAUACAAACUAUUACUUCGAUGUGUCACAUGAACACCUAGAAGGUGCACUGGACAGAUUUGCCCAGUUUUUCCUGUGUCCUUUGUUUGAUGAAAGCUGCAAAGAUAGGGAAGUGAAUGCUGUUGAUUCUGAGCAUGAAAAGAAUCUGAUGAAUGAUGCCUGGAGGUUAUUUCAAUUGGAGAAGGCUACUGGAAACCCCAAUCAUCCCUUCAGUAAAUUUGGAACAGGGAACAAACUCACUCUGGAAACUAGACCAACCAAAGAAGGAAUAGAUGUAAGACAAGAGUUAUUGAAGUUUCAUUCUACUUACUAUUCAUCAAAUUUAAUGGCUAUUUGUGUCUUAGGAAGAGAAUCAUUGGAUGAGCUGACUUCCCUAGUGGUGAAGUUAUUUUCAGAAGUAGAGAAUAAGAAUGUUCCUGUACCAGAAUUUCCUGAACAUCCUUUCCAAGAAGAACAUCUCAGGCAACUUUACAAAGUGGUACCUAUUAAGGACAUCAGAAAUCUUUAUGUCACAUUUCCUAUACCAGACCUUCAGAAAUACUAUAAAUCAAAUCCUGGCCAUUACCUUGGUCAUCUGAUUGGGCAUGAGGGCCCAGGGAGUCUUCUGUCAGAGCUUAAAGCCAAAGGAUGGGUGUAUACUCUUGUUGGAGGACAGAAGGAAGGUGCUAGAGGUUUCAUGUUUUUCAUUAUUAAUGUGGACUUAACAGAGGAAGGACUUUUGCAUGUUGAAGAUAUUAUUUUGCACAUGUUUCAAUAUAUUCAAAAGCUACGUAUAGAAGGACCUCAAGAAUGGGUUUUCCAAGAGUGCAAGGAUCUAAAUGCUGUGGCUUUCAGAUUUAAAGAUAAAGAACGACCACGAGGAUAUACAUCAAAACUUGGAGGAAUGUUGCACUAUUAUCCUAUAGAAGAAGUAUUGGCUGCUGAAUAUUUGCUUGAAGAAUUCAGGCCUGAUUUAAUAGAGAUGGUAUUGGAUAAAUUGAGACCAGAAAACAUUCGAGUUGCAAUAGUAUCCAAAUCUUUUGAAGGAAAAACUGAUCGAACGGAAGACUGGUAUGGAACACAAUACAAGCAAGAAGCAAUUUCUGAUGAAGUUAUUAAGAAAUGGCAAAAUGCUGACCUGAAUGGGAAGUUCAAGCUUCCAAUGAAGAAUGAGUUCAUUCCUACUAACUUUGAGAUUUUACCGUUGGAAAAAGAUGCAACACAGUACCCUGCGCUUGUCAAGGACACUGCUAUGAGCAAACUGUGGUUCAAGCAAGAUGACAAAUUCUUUUUGCCAAAGGCUUGUCUCAACUUUGAGUUUUUCAGCCCAUUUGCUUACGUGGAUCCCUUGCAUUGUAACAUGGCCUAUUUAUACCUUGAACUACUCAAAGACUCCCUCAACGAGUAUGCAUAUGCAGCAGAACUAGCUGGCUUGAACUAUGAUCUCCAAAAUACCAUCUAUGGGAUGUAUCUCUCUGUGAAAGGUUAUAAUGACAAGCAACAUAUCUUGCUCAAGAAGAUCAUUGAGAAAAUGGCUACUUUUGAGAUUGAUGAAAAAAGAUUUGAAAUUAUCAAGGAAGCGUACAUGAGAUCGCUUAACAACUUCAGGGCUGAACAGCCUCACCAGCAUGCAAUGUAUUAUCUUCGACUCCUGAUGACAGAAGUUGCUUGGACCAAAGAUGAAUUAAAAGAAGCUCUUGAUGAUGUGACUCUUCCCCGCCUCAAGGCCUUUAUAUCUCAACUGUUGUCACGGUUACACAUUGAAGCUCUUCUCCAUGGCAAUAUAACAAAACAGGCUGCACUAGGAAUUAUGCAAAUGGUGGAGGACACUCUUAUUGAGCACGCUCAUACAAAGCCACUCCUUCCCAGUCAGCUAGUGAGAUACAGAGAAGUGCAACUUCCUGACAGGGGAUGGUUUGUGUAUCAACAGAGAAAUGAAGUACAUAACAAUUGUGGCAUUGAAAUAUAUUACCAGACAGAUAUGCAGAGCACUUCUGAGAAUAUGUUUUUGGAGCUCUUUUGUCAAAUUAUCUCAGAACCAUGCUUCAAUACUCUGCGCACUAAGGAACAAUUAGGUUACAUUGUGUUCAGUGGUCCACGUCGGGCAAAUGGCAUUCAGGGUCUGCGAUUUAUUAUCCAAUCUGAAAAGCCACCACAUUAUUUAGAGAGCAGAGUUGAAGCAUUCUUAAAGACUAUGGAGAAAUGCAUAGAAGAUAUGACAGAAGAGGCCUUCCAAAAACAUAUCCAAGCUUUAGCAAUUCGUCGUCUAGACAAACCAAAGAAGCUGUCUGCAGAAUGUGCUAAAUACUGGGGAGAAAUAAUUUCUCAGCAGUAUAACUUUGACAGAGAUAACAUUGAAGUGGCGUAUCUCAAGACCCUGACCAAGGAUGAUAUCAUACAGUUCUACAAGGUGUUGUUAGCAGUUGAUGCUCCCAGAAGACACAAGGUUUCAGUACAUGUCCUUGCAAGGGAAAUGGAUUCCUGCCCUGUUGUUGGAGAAUUUCCAUGCCAAAACGAUGUGAACUUGGCACCAGCACCACCACUACCACAGUUUUGCAGUUUCUUGGACUCGUUAGGCUGAAUAGAAUUGCUGGAGAACUGUUCUCGUUCACUUCUAUGGUGUUUCAAAAGACUUCCCCAUGUGUCAUCCCACACCUCUAAGGCAGAUCACCUGUGUUGCUCUCUGAGUAUGGAAGCUUUAUAAUAUGAAGGUAGAAAUAUUUCCGUAACACCAGAUUUUAAUAAUCAAAUCUGAAAUUGUAAAUACAGGGCAUCACUGCAGCCGGAUUUAAUCUUGGAUGGUGCAGAUUUACUUCAGUGUUGCUUUUGAGAAACUACAUUCUUAGGUCAUCUCGUUUUAUGCACACCACAGGAUUACUUGCAGAAAGUUACAGAAUAAGUGUGACUGUAAAAAAAAAUAAAUACUGUGAAUUCUGAAGGCAAAGAAAGACAGGAUUUUUUUUUUUUAUCCUUGGCUUUGGCAAGAAGUGGCUGAUAAUUUCAUCACUGGAAUAAAAUGCUUGCAAACCACCUGGAAAAUUAUUAGUCCCUAAAAUUAAGGCUCUUGAACUACACUGUUAUUGUUAGAGUACAAAUUGGUACAAAUCUUAAAACAUUGGCUUUAUUACCUUUUCUGAAAAACAAAAGCUAAGCCACCCAAAUGUAGUUAGACUGUCAUGUUUAGCAAAAAAGAAACCAAACCAACAAAUAAACCAAAAACUUGAGCUUUUUCAGUCGUUCGUGUGUUGACGUGAACAGCCCCUGUAUUCAUUUUAUUAUGCUUAAGAGUAAACAUAAUGUGUGGAGAUACCAUUAGGUAGCUUUUGAAAUUAAUUUAUUAUUUCUAGCUCCUGUUUUAAUAAAGAACCAGCAGGAUUCUAGUUGUAUCUUCUCUCUACCAUUUAGCUGGUUAGUAUCCUUUCCCUGUAGCUCCACUGUAAAGAGAAAAAUCCUUAUAUUCUGUCUUUAUUCAUGCACUUUUCCAUGCUUUUUCAAUAACUGACUGUUGUAUUUAUAUAGUCAACUACAAUUACAUCUGGAUCCUUUCCUUGAACUGAUAGCUAAUUUGAUAUUCAAACCCACUCUGAAAUACUUUGGGUUUUUUUUGGUGUUUUUUUGUUUGUUUGUUUGUUUUUUUAAUAUUAAAGCUGUAUGCUACACAGUACAGGACACAUCUUUACUAUUUUAAAGGAAGAGCUCAGGCACCUUUUUGACCUGGUUGCCAGGAGAGGUUGUGGAUGCCCCAACCAUGGAGGCGUUGAAGGGCAGGCUGGAUGUGGCUGCCUGGUCUAGUGGUUGGUGACCCUGCACACAGCAGGGGAGUUGAAACUCGAUGAUUGUUGUGGUCCUUUUCAACCCAGGCCAUUCUAUGAUUUUAUGACCUUUCAUGUAGUUUAAAAAGAAGCCUAGCCUAUGUAGAUUCUGCUGAAGCAUUUCAGAGUCUAACUUACUAUUUAAAAAUGCAAGUUAUAGCGUAUGUUCUUGGUAGAAUGUUAUUUCAACAAUAUGUGAAACCUGAAUUUCAGAUGGAAAAAAGCAAGUGUGGUUAAGGCCAAAGACACAGUAACAUGGAAAAUGUCACAAUUAAAUCCAUUUAAUUGAGUUGAAGCAUAUAAAUAGAGUUUUAAGAUUUAAAAUAUUUAGGACUGCUUAAAUGAAUAUUUUUAAGGCACCCCAGCAAUGUGAAGUUUCACUAAAAGUGAUACUGCAGGAGGGAUCAAAGUUGAAAUCCUGCAUCUUUCUGAGGGUUUACCACUGUUCUGUGUGUUAGGGAUGCUUCAUUCUGCUUCAGGUUUACAUUACAGUUUUUCACCGCCUGCCCAGCUUCUCUUUCAGCUCAGCUUCUCUUUCAAGAAAGGCGCAAGGAAUUGUGGUGCUUCUCUAGUGACAGCCACUGUGUCAUGUAGGACAUUACAGACACAUAAACACUGGAGCAGCAACUGGAGCUCAGGGCCCCUUCCCCUCCACCUGUGCAUCAAAGUGGGUGUCCCAUAAUAGGUGUGGACUCAAUGUGUGUGUGUUCUUACUCUGCAAAAUUAGAACAGUUGCAGCAGAGGAAUCAGAGAGUCCCCAGGCUGCACUGCUAGUGUCCUGUGAGAACGAUGGCCUAGAGAAAAUAGGCACAAAAAGGGCAUUUUGGGAAAUGUGAUAGAGAAAAUCUAUGUGUGUAUGAAUGUUAACAACACCUGAGUGUUGGUGUUAAAGAUAUAUGUUUUUAUAUAUGCCUUUUAGUGGGCACAGCUUUUAAAAAUAUGCCAUCUAGCUAUUGAAGUGAUGCACUUCACAAGGCAGUGUUGGAGUUGGUUAAAACAUCAAAAACAUGUAAACACUUCUCAGAAGUAGUGCUCAAAAAUAUCUUAUUUGGUAUUUUCAAACUUGAUUGAGAAUGAAGCAAGGUUUCAAUUCAAAGGUUCAGCUUCAAGUUUCAACAUGUUUUUUUUCCAUUUGUGUAUGUGUGUAAAGCAAGGGAGGAUGACAGUGGAUUAGUGCCUGCCAGUGCAUUGGAGUCAAUAAGCUAUCAAAGGGUUCAGUGCUUCCCAGCUUAAUCUAUUUGUCAUUCUGGUAACUUUUAGCCUUCUGAUACUUGUAUUCCAAGCCUGCUGCAAUUCUGUAAACAAAGUAUUUCUUAGGAACACUUAUGCGAAUGACACUGUGUUUCAACUGUGAGAUACGACUACCAUUCACUCAUACAUAUCUGUUAAGGGUGAAGCUUCAGGAAUCUGAAAAAAUCUGUACGGAUAAUUCCCCAGUUCACAGAUUUGAUUGGUAUUUCCAGAUGAAAUUGUCUGCAGCAGUAGAAGUACUUUAGGAACACAGGAAUCUGUACUUAUAACUGGGUCUGGUAUCUCCACAAGCUGAUUGUUUAGUUCCAGUGCUCCUUGUGUCAUCUUCUAAGGCAUGCCUGCAGUUCAUCGUGCAUUGUCAGGUCUGACCCAAGUGAGAGGACCAGGCUGCUCCCAUUGUCAUACCAGCCACAAGUGUCAUCAGCAUCCCUUCAGCACUGCCAUGCACUCAGUAUGGGCUCCAUGCGUGUUCCAGGAUGUUUUUUCAUUAUUCAAAUUCAUGUUCUAAUCAUGGCAAGCUUUAUCUGUCACAUGAUGCAAAGGUGGCAUCUACAUGAUGUCUUGGCCUGGAAAGCCAUAUGACUGCUAUUGAAGCUCAGCACAGGGGGAGACUUAACCAAGUAUUUCAGAAAAAAAUUGAGAACAGGUGCUACGCAACUGUAAGAGGAGACUGAUCAGCUGUUGUAUGCACAAUAUGAUUUGAUUGCUGUAAGUAAUCUAAUAAAAAUGUACCUUAUAUGCAGCCUUUUCCUGAAAGGCACAUUUGAGUGGAAUAGCAUGUAGACUUUGUGUAACUUGAAGAAUAUAUAUACAAAGAAUGCUUGUAGUUCUGAUUUUCCACUUGAAUUUAAAUGUCAAACAUCAUUAGUUUUAAGAUGUUAUGAAUGUUAAAAAUCAAAAGAUUGUAUUAAGCUCAGUGUAUACAAAAUGUAAGAGUGAUCUUGAGUGCUUUCUCGCAGUGAGCUACUCAAUAAAAAUAAUGUUGAAAUGGAAGAUAAUGCAUAUAAGUUGAAAGCAGCUAGUUGCAUGCCAUUUUACUCUUCUUGUCUAAUGAUCAUGUCUAUCUGUCAUAUCAUUGUGUGUAGAUUAUAAAUUCCUGUGAAAAGGGUUUGUCUGUUAAUGUCUGUAAACUACCAAUGCACAAGUGUAUAGUUGAUCAUUUUUAUUAAGCCUUUUAAAUGUUGAGUAAUUAAGAGUUAAUAUGAUAACUUUUUUCAGGACAACUUGCAGUGUCUGAACAGUCUAAGUUUCUUUGAGCUUUGGAAGCAACAGGAUAAUAGGUAGCAGAAUCUCUCAUGAAUAUUACUAACUACAUUUUCUACUAAAAAGACAGAAAAAGAAAAAGCAGUUGAGAUAAUUUGGACAUUAAACCCUAACGAAGAGCUCAAGCUAACCAGACAACUGGAGUAAAUGUGAUGCCCUGUAGCAUUUUGAUAGUUAGUCCUAGAUUUAAAAAUAAGUAUAUUUUGCAAUGAUUCUGGCAUAAACCCUGACAAGUCAUUUCAAAUAAUCUUAAAUAUUUUUGGAAAGCUUAAUAGGCCUGGAAUUCUUUAAACAUUGAUUCUUUUCUUUAAUCUGAGAUCCAGAUUUAGGGUCUCAGCCUUGUAUUGAAAAGGUAUUAAAUAGAGUUCUAUCGUUUCACUCUUUGUUGGACCAGGCUUUAAUUUAGCAGUGGUCCUACAAAGCUCUUUUGUGAUAGAUAAGUAAAAGAUGCUAGAGCUCCCUGCAGUUCUCCAGGAGCCACCACACAUAAACCAUGAAGAUAAGCUUAAAACCCAAGAUAAUGUUUAUCUAAAUUUGUAAAAAUCUAUAUUAGUUACAUCUGUAAUGUUAUUAAUCUAUCACUUUUUCUUAAGAUAAAGAAAAUAUGUUUAUGGAAAGAUUUCUAUAUCUGAUUGUCUAGUAGCUCAGGAGGGGGUAAUUGUUUAAAAAACAAAAACAAAAAAAACCCCCCACAAAACGGGAACAUAGAAUCCAAACUGGUUUAUGGGUUUAUGUAUGUAAUUAAGUAGGACUGUAAGGGAAAGCACUGUCAGGGUCGGGAAGCUUAAACUAUUUUUACAUGUUCUAUUGGUCAUUCUGGGCUCAGUGAACACGCUGAGGUGCCCUCAGAUGAUACCAGAGAUGUACUGGCACCAAUGUGCACAGUCCUGACAGACUGGUACUGCAGGAGAGAGAUUGCACAGCUGGGAGGCACAUAAUGAGGAUGGAUAUAGUACUGCAGGAUCCAGAGGCCAAGAGCAGCUCUUUGCUAUUAAAUAAAACCAAAACAACCCUACAUUUGUAGUGUUGUUUUCUGGUUCUGAUAGUAGAUGAAUGAUAGAAGGCAUCAGGAGAGGAGAGUAGUCCCAUCUUUGUUGACCCUUUGCAAUCUCAGAUGCUCUAUCUUUGAGCAGCAGCUGCAUGGAACUGUCUCCUUUCUCAACAAAUGUUUUCACUUAGUUUAACAUUAAAUGUUGCAACCUCUUUCUUGUUAGAAAUUAAGUUCCAUUGUAUCUGAACUUCUGCAGUACUUACAGUGUGCUACUCAGUGCCAUUUCCAGCCAGUUUCCUGUACCCCAGGUAGGGGAUAGACCUAUUUAUGUGAAAAUUGUGUGUCGCAUCUAGUCCCUAGCAGAACUGGGUGCGUUAUUUAUAGUGAUGCAAGAGAGUAAGGGACCAUAAAUCUGAAUUUUUGGCCCCUUGCUAAGUUUGUAGAGCUGGCACUUCAUAUUUUUUAACCUAGAAAGCCAAGCAGAAGCAAUGUAAGUGACAGUAGAUGUUGAACUCUAUAGUGUUAGCUUUAGAACAUUAAGAGUCGGAUUGUAUGGUUUAACUUGCAGAGGAACGUUCAGAUUCAUGCUGUAUCUUAAAUAAUUACUUUUGUGUUGUUUGGCCAGCUUGGGAUAAAGGCAAAGAAGAAUUAAUUGUUUAAGUUUUACCUCUUUCAAAGUGUAAAGAAAAUUUGCUAUGCAAGAAAACAAAUCAAAUUUCAUAGUUUAAUUCUUAGAAAGCAUCAGGUUUUUUUAGGUAGUUUUAUUUGUAAUGUAAGGUUUAAUUUUCAUUGCUUAGAAAAGUAUGCUUCGGAAUCCAAAUGUCAGCAUAAACAAUUUGCCAUGAGGAGAAGCUUUCAUGGUGUCUUCACACUGUAAUGCAAAUUCUUGGUGCUAUGAUACAACAUUUGCUGUUGUUCCCUAUAAUAGUGUGAAGAGUUGUGCAUCUCAUCUUUGUGCAUGGAAAUGAUUUUCUCCUUUCUGAUGAGGAAAAUCAUAUUUGUUUGACUCUAAGGAUACAAACAUAAAGAGAACUUCAACUGCUUAACCUGGAAAAAAAAAUAAAUUACUUUUAAAACACAAAAAA